AUGACUUCGGUGGAUUAUAGAUUUGGUACUGAAGACCCAGAAUUGUUGUUCCAGUUCAGCUCGCCACUCACAAGACAACCCGGUAUGACUACGGGCGCCAAUGGUAGUAAUAUUAGAGACGCAGGAGCGCCAUCCUGGACUCAAACGGAUUUCGAUGGGUUGUUCGUCCCACGUGAUGCAUCUCUACAGCUGCAGUCACAGCAGCAUCAGGUGCCUGUCUCGAGCGUCGAAGAUUCAGAGACGCUCAACGAUAAUGACGGCGCCUUGAUGGACGACGAUACGGAGACCUUGUACGCUACCAGCGUGGCCCUGCCAUCGCAAAGCCUGCGACCAGUGGUAGCGCACGCAGAAACGAGUCGAAACGCACGCGCACGUGACCCGCGUGUUGCACCAAAGCUCGCCAACAACGUCAGGACCCUCUCUCAGUUCAACAACGUGUUGAACCAGUCAUUGUCGCCACAGCAGCAGCAGCAUAUUGAGCGCAUGGUGGAUGAGUUCUGGAUGCGCGAUUCGAUGCUUACAGAGGAUAUGUUCGAAGAUUCGUCGGACGAAGAGGCGUAG